AUGGCUUUGUCUGUUUCUAAGGAUGACAACCUUCCUAAAGGUGCUGUGAGACUAUCGGAAGAGAAGGCAUAUCAAUAUCAAGCUGGGAUUAUAAGAAAUUGGGACAAUUUAAGUGAAGUUUUUGGGCUAAGAGCAGGUGCUGGUUUCUUAGCAGGCAUUAGUGGAGUAUCAUCGAUGAUUAUUCUCAAUCAUUUUAGAAGGAAAUUGAAGUUAGGAAUGCAUGGUAGAGUCUCAAGUUAUUUGCCGGUUGUUGCGAUGCCAUCUGCCUUAGCUGCUUUGUUUCAUACGACUUUUAUUGAACGGAGCAUCGUUUUGAGGAAAUAUGAUUGCCCAUUAUGCCUUCAAAGUCGAGCAGCAUUUCUUCAAACUGGAAUUGGCUUCGUGUAUCCAUUUCUUCUAGCACCAAUGGCAUCAUUUAUGUUUGCAACUAGACAUUUCACAGUGAGGCUUCCAUACAUUACAGAACAACCUAAAGAAUGGCUCAAAUUUUGGUUAAAAUUGACUCGAUCAGCAAAGCAUUUAGCACCUUAUAUAGUUUUAGCAAAUAUCAUUGGAGCUGUAGGAAUUACUUCUUUAGAAUUUCAUGAGUACGAAAAGCUCCAAAUGCAUUUUGAGGAGCAUGAGAGGAAAGUAGAAAGUGGCUUCUAUGAUAAAUGA